AGACGAAGACGAAAACGUCAAGUCCAUGUCAAGGUGAAAAGGAUAACCUUUAACCUGCUUUAACCUUGUUUCAAAGUCAGUUUAUGAGACCCUUUUUAUGAAUUUUUACUAAUAAAGUCUACUCGAGCUCCAUUUGAUCCAUUAAUUCCAUCAAUAUCCUAGUGAAGCCGAAUUAUCCACGAAUAAUGUUGAAUAAUUGUUUUAAAAUCUUAUCCAGAACAGCUGAAACUCCUCAGAAGCUGAUGCCAUUGCUGGGGGUAUCAAAAAACAACUAUGCGACCGAGGCUACAUUUGAAACUAAGCCGUUUAAACUACAUAAACUGGAAGAUGGACCAUCUACUACGGUUACAAUUUCAAGAGAGGAAGCAAUAAAAUUCUAUAAGCAAAUGCAAACCAUCCGAAGAAUUGAAACAGCUGCUGGUAAUUUGUACAAGGAAAAAAUCAUUAGAGGAUUCUGUCAUCUGUAUUCUGGACAGGAAGCAUGUGCAGUAGGGAUGAAAUCAGCGAUGAGAGACCAUGACUCCAUCAUCUCCGCCUACCGUGUCCACGCCUGGACGUAUCUAAUGGGAGUGUCUGAGUUGGGAGGGUUGGUUUUUGUAACAUAAUAGUUUGUAUUUAUCAGGAAGCAUGUGCAGUAGGGAUGAAAUCAGCGAUGAGAGACCAUGACUCCAUCAUCUCCGCCUACCGUGUCCACGGCUGGACGUAUCUAAUGGGAGUGUCUGUGUUGGGAGUGUUAGCUGAACUGACAGGUCGAAAGUCUGGCUGUGCUAGAGGCAAGGGUGGCUCUAUGCACAUGUACUCUCCCAACUUCUACGGAGGCAAUGGCAUUGUUGGUGCUCAGGUGCCUUUGGGAGCAGGAGUUGCAUUUGCCUCCAAGUACAAGGGCCAAGAUGGAGUGUGUUUUGCUCUGUACGGAGACGGAGCGGCCAAUCAGGGUCAAGCGUUUGAAGCUUACAACAUCGCCAAGCUGUGGGACAUUCCUUGCAUCUUUGUUUGUGAGAACAACGGCUAUGGAAUGGGCACCAGCGCGGAGAGGGCCUCCGCCAGUACAGCCUACUACACUCGAGGAGACUACGUUCCUGGCAUCUGGGUUGAUGGCAUGGAUGUAUUAGCUGUCAAGUCAGCUAGUCAGUUUGCAGUAGAUUAUUGCAAGUCAGGCAAGGGUCCUCUAUUGAUGGAGACUGCCACCUACCGCUACAGUGGACAUUCCAUGAGUGAUCCUGGUACUUCCUACCGUACUCGAGAUGAGAUUCAAGAGGUUCGCCAGACUCGAGACCCCAUCACCUCAUUCAAAGAUAAGAUUCUCAACUCAGGCCUUGUAACUGCCGAAGAACUUAAGAAAUUCGAUGGGGAAAUUAAGGCCCAAGUUGAUGCUGCUGUGAAAUCUGCCAAAUCUGACCCAGAAAUAGGAAUGGAUGAACUUCCUGCUGAUAUUUAUGUUGAGAACUUGGAAGGCAAGAUCCGAGGAGUUUUACCAUGGCAGCUUCUGGACCACAAGCGUAUUGGCCCAGCUGUCAACGCCUAACUCUGCAUAACCCUCGCAAUAACUACACUCUGUUACAACCAGGCUAAUCAGUGAAACAUGGUACAAACUGCAAACCUUUUGUAGCGUUGGUAUGAGAAUUAUGUGUUCAAUAUAGGAUUAUUAAUGUAAAUAAGCUUUGUACAAGGUAACAGUUACCGGACUAUUGUGUUUUAUAAAUUUGUUAUUUUGUUAUUCUUUUGGUGUAUACAAUAGAAAUUUUACAAGUUUUUAUCUGAAAAAAAGGAAUUUCAUUUGAGAAGAUCAAUACAGCACAACCUUAUGUGUCAAAUACACAAUAUUUAAAGUCAACUAAGUAAAUAUUCGUGUUUUUAUUAUUCCUUCUCUCUAUGCAGUGUAAUUUUGCUUUGCCUUGUGUAAAUAUGCUUACAUUUUUGUUUCUUGUUCUUUUACUUAGAUAACUUUUAUUUUACAGUUCAAACUUUAUUUUGCAGUCGCUUUUCCUACAGUUUUUGGCCAGAAUAUUAUAGAAUUUGUCUGUUACUUUGUUUAGAAACAUAUUACAUUGGGCAAUCUGAAUUAAUCAAGUGUUGAUGUAAUAGCAAUUGAGAUUAAUUUGUUAAAUCAAUCACAUAACCCUAAUUUAAAAUUAUAUACUUCUUACCCCAUACUUCCAUAACAGCUAUACCAGCACAUCUACGGUUAGGGUGAUGAUUGAUCAAAUACCUAAUGCCAAGAGAAUGUUUUAAAGGAAUGUAUUCCAAUCAUUUUACUGUUAAGUAUGUAAAUUUGCUUUUAUAUCAAUAUUUGUAUGGGGAUUCUGCACUUAGUUCAUUCCAAGUGUUAAUUGUUAUUACCUUAGCUUUACGAUAGAUUUUAAAUCUAGGAUAUGAUAGGCUAUUUGCAUUUAAUUUUUUAUACAUAUUUCUUUUUAAUAAUUCCAGAAAGAGAUCACUUCUCUCAUAAAAUUUAAUUAAUAUUAUCUGCGCAAAAAAAUUACAAGUCAGUGAUAAGUUAAUGGUUUUCACUUAAAAACAGACAAUUUUCAAUUGAACUCAGAGCAAUAGAAAAUUGAAAAUUAAUUCAAAUAUAUAUAACGGAUUUUGAAGUCACUAAGUGACUGCUAGUAUUAAUUAUUCUUAAAAUACCUUGUUAUUCUUUUGAUAGAUUAUCGAUUCACUAAUAUAAUAUUAAUUACAUUCUUUUAUUUGUUGGUUUUAUUUAAAUCUUUUAAGAAAUGUUAAGUAUUGAGUGAUACAUCCACAAAUUUAUUUUUUGUCUUAAGUCUUAAGUCAAGAUCAGAUUUCAAAGACAAUUCUCCUGAUUUCUCUAAUUGUAUGUACAACAUGCAGAAAUGUUACAUUUUUAUACUGUACAAAGAAUCUGUAUUUAUUGAUUCUUGGUUUAAAAUCAAGAGUCGAUUGUUAGUCUUUGUGUUGAACAUUCAAAAUGUAAUACAUAAGGAAAUAAAUUGAUGAUAUUUA